GGGGUGGGCUUGCUGCAGUCUCGCCCUUCCCCGUGCGGGGAGGGGAGGGGCGCCAACUCUCGGGAGACCCUGGAGGAAGAGGAAGAGGAGGCGGCCAAGGUCCAGGUCAUAAGGAAAGAAAAUUUUAUGAAGGUUCUCUAAAAAUCUCUAAUCACAGUCGAAACCAUGGUGAUCAUGUCAGAAUUUACCUCAGUCCCCAAUUCAAGUCAGACACAGCAAAGACCCCUCAGGGUUGGAUUUUAUGAUAUUGAAAGAACCUUGGGGAAAGGAAAUUUUGCUGUGGUGAAACUAGCCAGGCAUAGAGUCACCAAAACCCAGGUUGCAAUAAAAAUUAUUGAUAAAGCAAGAUUAGAUCCAAGCAACUUGGAGAAAAUUUAUCGAGAGGUUCAGAUAAUGAAACUUUUAAACCAUCCUCAUAUUAUUAAGCUUUAUCAGGUUAUGGAAACAAAGGAUAUGCUUUACAUUGUCACUGAAUUUGCAAAAAAUGGAGAAAUGUUUGAUUAUUUAACGUCCAAUGGCCAUCUGAGUGAAAAUGAAGCAAGGAAGAAAUUCUGGCAGAUUCUUUCAGCAGUGGAAUACUGCCAUAGCCAUCAUAUAGUUCAUAGGGAUCUCAAAACGGAAAACCUUCUUUUAGAUGCCAGCAUGAAUAUCAAGCUAGCAGAUUUUGGAUUUGGAAAUUUCUAUAAGUCAGGAGAGCCCUUAUCUACUUGGUGUGGAAGUCCCCCAUAUGCUGCCCCAGAAGUUUUUGAAGGGAAGGAAUAUGAAGGGCCCUAUCUUGACAUUUGGAGCCUUGGUGUUGUGUUAUAUGUCCUUGUCUGUGGCUCUCUCCCUUUUGAUGGGCCCAAUUUACCAACUUUAAGACAAAGAGUGUUGGAGGGCCGAUUCCGUAUUCCUUUCUACAUGUCCCAAGACUGUGAAACAUUAAUUCGUCGUAUGCUGGUGGUGGACCCUACCAAACGAAUAACAAUUGCCCAAAUAAAGCACCACAAGUGGAUGCAAGCAGACCCCUCCCUUCAGCAGAAUCCAUCCCUGUCCUUUUCCAUUCAGAAUUACAGCUCUAACCUGGGAGAUUACAAUGAACAGGUGUUAGGGAUUAUGCAGACGCUUGGUAUCAACAGGCAGAGAACAGUGGAGUCAUUGCAAAAUAGUAGUUAUAACCACUUUGCUGCUAUCUAUUACCUCCUCCUGGAACGGCUCAAGGAAUAUAGGAACACUCAGCCAUCUAACUGCUCAGGACUUGGAAGGCUGCAGAGGUCUAGGAGUUCUGACUUCAGCAAUUUUGAGAUGCCUCAGGAAAGCCUCGCUAGUGAUACUUUCAGAUCCUCUUUGCUGUACCAGCAGCCUCAAAAUCUGACUCAAUCAAUGUUACAGGAAGAAAUGGAUUUUGAUAUGAACAACCCACUGCAACCACUCUUGUUCUCGAUGGAGCCUAGCUUCAAUGGUCUAUUCCGCAACUGCUCCAUCUCUCCCAACAAUCUGCUGGAAACCACCAUUAGUGAGGAGGUUAGACAGGAUAAAGACUUUGAAGAGGAAAUCAAGACUCAAAAGUCCAUUCACCUCCCCAGCAAUACCAGCAGGAGACAUACCCUUGCUGAAGUCACCACCCAUUUCUACCAGCGCACCCCUCCAUGUAUAGUCAUUUCUUCUUGUGCUAGCCCAGCAGAGGGAACCAACUCAGACAGUUGCCUCACUUCUUCUUCCAACAUUGAAUCAGAAGGCCUGAGUAGCUGCCUCAAUGACCAAGUGCUGAUGGCUAACUCUGCCACUGUGAAAACCACCUCUCCUUUCCUUGUGGCACAGUCUAACGUCCCAGGCCUGAAGAUAGAGGGAUGUCUAGGAGGAGCUACUCUGUUACCUGUCAGUUUUCAGGAAGGAAGAAGAGCUUCAGAUACCUCACUCACUCAAGGUUUGAAAGCUUUUAGACAGCAACUCCGGAAAAAUACUAGGACAAAAGGAUUUUUAGGACUAAACAAAAUUAAUGGGCUGGCUAGACAAGUGUGUCAGGCCUCAUCAGGCCGAACAACAAGAGGAUGCCUGAGCUCUUCUCAACACUAUCAGCCAAACACUUGUCUAUAUAAUAGUGGAGGAAAAAGCCAGGAAGGUGGGAACCUGCUAGAGGAGGUUCUUCAUCAGCAAAGAUUGUUGCAGCUACAGCAUAAUACAUCAGUCCAUCUGAGCUGUCCUCAGGCUGUACAGCUGCCCUCAGCACAGUAUAUUGUUUCUACCUGUAAUGAAACCUACCAAACACCCAAUUCUCUUCUAACUUCAGAGCUACUGAAAGGGAAUUCUGUAACACACCCUCACCUCUUCAAGGCCAGUGUUUCACCAGUGUCUUCAGCAGCUCAGCUCCUAGAUACUCACUUGUACAUCAAUAGCAACACCUCUCCUGUCAGUACUUCUUUCUCCCAACAGCCAAAUUUUGCCAUGUGGUCUCCAAACUAUGAUCCAACAGUUUUGCAGCAGGGAGACUGUGAAAUGGAAGACCUUACCUCUACCCAGCUGAGGAAAUUUGUCCUGGUUCAAUGAGAGACCUCUGUUAUUUGAUUUUUUUUCCCUAAGAGACUUCUAUUGUCCAAUUGCAUGGGAUGACUGAUUCUUUGAAGCAAUAAUUUUAAAGUAUGUGAAGAAGAUUUCAGACUAAGCCAAUAACUUUAUAGAAAGGAUAAAAGCAAUACAUCAUGUGUUCUUGCUUUAAAUUUUUUUUCUUGCACUGAAUAUAUAGAAGGAUUGAAAACUUCAUUUGAACACAAAAUAACAAAGAAGAAUCCUUACUGGUUUAAUGGAAAAAGGAGAAAAGUGGAUAAGCUGGGGCCAAGAGAAUGAGUGGUACUACAUUUGUCAGACAAUGCUGCUCUGCUGUUGCGCAAAACUUCUAAGGCUGCUGGUAGUGCUGACAUAAAAGGGAGAAGGCCAUUCAAAGGAAAAGAACCAAUUUCUCUCUCUUUCACAAUAUUCAUCAUGGGUUUGUGAAAAUUAUUACCUCUUAAAAGCAGUGGCAUGCAACAGUUGAUGCAUUGAUAUAAGCAUUGCCAUCUGUGUAUAUGUUUGUAUGUGUGUGUUUAUAUAGGAAUUACUUUUUUCUUAGGUAUUAACAGUUCCUUACUCCCUGAAACAUGUACACUUUAGGUGAAAACUGUGAAGCUGCUUUUUUAUUUUUAAAAGCUCCUAUAGUUCAACUGCUGAACUUCACAGUUACUGGAAUUAUGUCCUCUAAGACCAAGAUCUAAGUUCGAGGAGCUUUCCCCCUAUUUUAGAUAAGAAGUUUAAUGAAAUUCUGCUUAAAAUUGGGUUUUACUUUAAGCAUUUCUUGGGGGGAGAAGAAAUGAGUUUCAUUAUACUUGAGGGAUAAUACAUAAAAUUUCUCUUUCACUUAAAAACUCACAGAGGUUAGCCUGAGAGAUAUUUCUAAGUGUUCUGCAUUUUAGUUUUGCUGCUAAUUAAGUUUUUAUGUAUUUCAUUAUCAGGGUUUAAAUAGAACAACUUAUUUUGGGGAAAAUGUGCAAUAACCUGAGGUUAUGAUUAUACUGACAAAAACAAGGAAAAUAAUAUAAAAAUCUUUUUCAAAAGGAAUUCAAUUUUUUUUUCCUGAACAAAAUCUAUCUUGAAGAGAAUUCUUUAAAAAACAGUACAACCUUAAGGUGUGUAAAUCUAUUUUUUGUUCUAGGUAAAUUAGUUCUUUUUUUUUUUUUUAGGUCAGUUUUUAAAAAUUUAAAACCUACAACAAAUACUGUAUGUACAUAGAGAGCAUAUACACUACUUAUUUUUUAUAUUUUGUACUACAUUUUUGUGUUGUUGAUCUGUUUCUUUUCCUGAUAUGUAAACAAAACUCAUGUUAGCACCAGUUCAUUUUUAAAGAGAGGUGUCACAGGCUACCCUCAUAGUGUUAAGAGACAGAGAAAGGUGAGUACUAAAUUUUGGUAGUAGGUCAUGUGCACGAAGUAAGCCAGGUUGCUAAAAGCUAUCUUAAUUUUUUUUUUUUAAGUUGCUGCCUCCACCUCAUUGCUUUAAGUUCCCAUCUCUGUAAUUUUGGCUUUUUUUGCAACCUAUGGUAUUAAACAAAAGUAAUAACAAUUUUAAAGCCAAAGAUUGAUCAGUUUAAUUGAUGGUUGGGGGGAAAAGAUAGGCAUAAGAGAUUGUUUGUCAUAUCCAUCAUUCUGUUAUUUACUUUUCUUUAAUUAGUAGACAGUUCUAAGUAUUUAUGUUAUUUGAACUUGCUGCUGUUCCUCAAAGCUUCACUGUGAGGGGAAGCUGCUGGAGUUAACUCUUGCUGAUUGACCCUGGUGCCUUGCAGCAGAGAAAACACCAAAGUCUCAUGCUGGGUUGUGAAUCAGUCCUUAGAGUGGGAAGGAAAAAGAGAAAUCAACCAUUUCUGUUCCCUCUCUUCCCCCAGGGCAGCACCUUUGCUUGCCUUCAUUUUUACAAAGGUAGCAAACCAAAUUAAACAAAAUAGUGAUUUACCCAUUUAAAAAUAUUUGUUCUAAUGUCUAGAUUAAAGGCUACAGAAAUGUUUUGUUGUUGUUGUUUGUUUCCUGUUCUAAGCAAUGAUGAGCACUUUAUUUUUGUGGUAUAUUUUCCCCUAUUGCUAUAGAACCUUUAUGAAUUGUUUGGCUAAUAGAAAAGUCUCUGUGAAUUUUGCAGAUUUUCUUGACAGUGUUCUGCAGACUGCAAUGCAAUAGAAUAUUUAAAGACACUAUGUGAUCUGAUUAAAUUAUAUGUAUAUAUAUGUGUGUGUGUAUAUGUAAUACAUGUAAUAUAUAUAUAUACAUAUACAUAUACAUAUAUAUGUAUAGUGUGGUUUGUUGUUUGUGGUUUUUUUUUUUUUUACCAUGACUGAAUCAGUUGUUUUAUUUCUUAAAAUGAGAAAUGUAUGCCAAAAUAAUUAGUUGAUGUGUUUUUAUUUAUCAUUGAAAUAAAUAUUUGGGGAAAAAAUUCUAAACUUUUUUUUCCCUUGUGAUUCUUUUGAACCUCUACAAAUGAUUUCUUCUUGAUCUCUGCUGACUUAUAGAUAAUAAGAGAUGAAAGGGAUCUCUCAUUUGGUCUAACCCAUCCAUACCUGCUUCUUUUAAUAUAAAUCUCAUAGGUCUAGUUUCAUGAGAAUUGUUCUUUUAAGAAAAAAAGCUACUGUCUUCUACAUUUAAACUGGAUGUAAAUUGAAAUCUGUGAAUAGCAUUCUGUAUCCAGGUGAUGAAAUACCCUAUAGUGUCAAUAAAUACAAAGAUCAGUAAGUUGGUAA